AUGCAGGCCCCAGUGGUGGUGAUGAACACCAAUGCUGGUGAUAGGCAGGUCGGCCGUAAGGCACAGCUUUCGAAUAUUACCGCUGCGAAGACCGUUGCGGACAUUAUCCGGUCAUGUCUUGGACCCAAGGCCAUGUUGAAGAUGCUGCUGGAUCCCAUGGGGGGUAUCGUUCUGACGAACGAUGGACAUGCUAUUUUGAGAGAAAUCGAGGUGUCGCACCCCGCAGCAAAGAGCAUGAUCGAGCUCAGUCGCACUCAGGACGAGGAAGUCGGAGACGGAACGACAACCGUCAUCAUCUUAGCUGGUGAAAUGCUUGCCCAGGCCCUUCCUCAACUCGAACGCAACAUCCACCCCGUGGUUAUCAUUCAGGCUUUUAAGCGUGCUCUUGCCGACGCACUUGCCAUCGUGGAGGAAGUCUCGCUACCCGUGGAUAUUGACGAUGAUAAGGCGAUGUACACGCUGAUCCAGUCGUCCAUUGGGACCAAGUUCGUUUCCCGCUGGUCGGAACUGAUGUGCAACCUCGCGUUGAAGGCAGUUCGGACUGUCUCGUUCGAUGCUGGUGGUGGAAAGAGGGAAGUCGACAUCAAGCGCUAUGCUCGUAUUGAGAAGAUUCCUGGUGGACAGAUCGAAGACAGCGAAGUUAUUGACGGUGUGAUGAUCAACAAGGACAUUACUCACCCUAAGAUGCGGAGAAGGAUAGAGAAUCCUCGAAUCAUCCUGCUCGAUUGCCCACUUGAAUACAAGAAGGGCGAGUCUCAGACAAACAUUGAGAUCAGCAAGGAGGAUGACUGGAACCGUAUUCUUCAGAUUGAGGAGGAACAAGUGAAGCACAUGUGUGAUGCUAUCCUGGCCCUGAAGCCCGAUGUUGUUUUCACCGAGAAGGGCGUCUCAGAUCUUGCCCAGCACUACUUGGUGAAGGCGAAUGUAACAGCGAUUCGCCGUGUAAGAAAGACGGACAACAACCGUAUUGCGAGAGCCACUGGUGCCACAAUUGUCAACCGUGUCGAUGACCUGCAGGAGUCCGACGUGGGAACGAGAUGCGGGCUUUUCGAGAUCGAAAAGAUUGGUGACGAAUACUUUACAUUCCUUCGGAAAUGCCAGGACCCCAAGGCCUGCACGGUUUUGCUGCGUGGUCCCUCCAAGGACAUCUUGAACGAGAUCGAACGAAACCUGCAGGAUGCUAUGUCCGUUGCCAGAAAUGUCAUCUUCCACCCACGGCUGUGCCCUGGUGGUGGUGCGAUCGAGAUGGCGGUGUCAGUCAGAUUGAGUCAGCUCGCAAAGUCCAUUGAAGGUGUUCAACAAUGGCCCUACAAGGCUGUGGCGGACGCUAUGGAGGUUAUUCCCCGGACAUUAGCACAGAACGCCGGUGCCAGCCCCAUCCGUGUCCUCACACGCCUGAGAGCUAAGCAUGUCGAGGGUCAGCACACCUGGGGUCUGGAUGGUGACUCGGGUAACCUCGUCGAUAUGAAGGAGUAUGGCGUCUGGGAACCGGAAGCGGUCAAACUCCAGAGCAUCAAGACUGCAGUUGAGUCGGCCUGCCUUCUGCUCCGCGUUGACGACAUCUGCAGUGGUAAGUCUGCACAGCAGGCAGGUGGUGCUCACAUGCCCGGUGGAGAUGAUUAG